CGCCGCCGCGGAAGGAUCGCACGCACGCUCGCGCGCACGUCCCGCCCGGCCGCGGAGAGCUGAAGGCGCCGCGGUGAGGAGUAGCUGCCCACGUCGGUGCAGCUGCUCCGCAGUCUCCAGCCGCUGGGUCGUCAGCCUCGCGGCUGCCGCCGGCCGGGCGGCUCGGCCGAGCGCGCUUCGCGGCUCGUCCCUCACCGCCGUGCCCGCGUCCUCCCUCCGCGGCUCCUCGGGGAGGGGGGCGGUCGGUGCCUGCGCAGAGCCGCCUCCUCCCCGCCCCCGCCCCGCCUCCCCCGUGCCGCCGCCGCCUGCUGCCGCCGCCGCCGCCGCCGCCGCCGCUGCGCCUGCUGCUCCUUGCCGUCCCCGCUGCAGUGCGAAGGGCUCGAAGAUGGCCGGUUGGCAGAGCUACGUGGAUAACCUGAUGUGCGAUGGCUGCUGCCAGGAGGCCGCCAUUGUCGGCUACUGCGACGCCAAAUACGUCUGGGCAGCCACGGCCGGGGGCGUCUUCCAGAGCAUUACGCCAAUAGAAAUAGACAUGAUUGUAGGAAAAGACCGGGAAGGUUUCUUUACCAACGGUUUGACUCUUGGUGCAAAGAAGUGUUCAGUGAUCAGAGAUAGUCUAUAUGUCGAUGGUGACUGCACAAUGGACAUCCGGACAAAGAGUCAAGGUGGGGAGCCAACGUACAAUGUUGCUGUCGGGAGAGCUGGUAGAGUCUUGGUCUUUGUAAUGGGAAAAGAAGGGGUCCAUGGAGGCGGAUUGAAUAAGAAGGCAUACUCAAUGGCAAAAUACUUGAGAGACUCUGGGUUCUAGCUGCUAGGCAGACUGUUAAGUAUUAGGGGAAAAUUGCUCUUAAACUUUCCUAGCUGUAAGCUUAAGUCUUAAUUCUGGAAACUUUAUUAGCAAUGCAGGGUGAUGGGGUAUGAACCUGUGUCUCCUUUGUAUCCCUCUGUUGGUGGGGAAAGGUGUCUUUCUUUCUGCCCCCCUCCUUAAAUAAUUCUGUUCACUUUUGUUUUGUUUCCUUGUGUACUCCAGCAUUGGUUAUAGUCAUGGGAAAGGAAGGUGUCCACGGAGGCACACUUAACAAGAAAGCAUAUGAACUCGCUUUAUACCUGAGGAGGUCUGAUGUGUAAGCAGCCUCUCCCCAUCUUCCUAGCAACUGUCUUCACCACCAUCCUAAUUAUGGUCACAGUGCUACCAGACUAUAGAUGGUAGCUAGUUUUCUUUACCUAUUUUCUAAUGUCACCAUUCCUGUUUGCCCAAUGGAUCAUUUUUAUGUUAACCAUUGUAUGUAACCAACCUUUAUCUGGCAACAUAAUUGCAGCACAAUAAUGAUUUGCAUGAUACCUUGAAAUUGGGGGGAGGGGGCAUGCCAAGUUGGGCAUCACUUUGUCUUAGCAAUUAAUGGGAUAUUGAUUACUAAAUAAGUUAAUAUUAAGCAAGGUGCCGGUUGUACAAUCUCUAAUUUGAUCAAUGUCUUUUCAGCACUUUGAGCAUUUACUUGGCUCAUUUAGUCUUCCUUUUGUAGCGCAUGGUUGGGAGGAAAAAGUGCAUGUAUCUUCACUCUUUUCUCAACACUUUCUUUGCACAUACGGUAUUUGGUUUGCUUCUAUCCUUUUUUCUUUUUAAUGCAGUGCCUGGUUUAUUUAACCAAUUAAUACCCCCUUUGUUGAUGAACUAUUGAGAGCUGCAUAGUUUGCUUUUAGUAUUGUGGUUGCACUUAACAUUUUUUCAUAGUGUCUGUGGGACAUAAUGAAAAGUGCAUCUGCAAAACAAGAGCAAAAGGCACUUCCUCCCAUGAUCUUAUAGUAAUGAUACUGAUUGAAUCCCCAGGGACAUUCCAUCAUUGCAAUAGCUCAGAUUUUUGUUCCUUUUUCUUUGCAUACCAGUUCUAUUCUUUAGUAAAGUUAUAAAGGCUGCCAUUAUGGACAUUAGGUAUCCCAACAUAACCAUCUGGAGUGUGUCCAGUUUGUUCUUCAUAGGACCAAUUUUUAUUUGCAGCUUGAGUUUUUAUAUGAAGUUGCAUUAUUGUGGACUUGGCUGUCUUGUGAUGAGUUUUUUCAUAUGUAUUCUGUGCCAUACUAUUGUUAAAAUGAACUGUUGCUAUUGUGAGAUGGAUUUUAACUGACCUAUUAAGGGUUUCUUUUGAAUGGCACUACUUUAGGGACACUGUAGUAUUUGCUUCUAUUGUUUGGGCCUUGUGGAUAAUGUACAGAUUUAAACAAAUCUUGUUGCUGAUUUGUCCAUUUCUUUCCCUGCACUUUGUUACAUCUGGGAUACAGUCUAACUCAUCUGAUUUAAUAUGCAUUUAAAAAAAUGCCAUAACUAUUAAACACCUUGUUUACAGACAGAUGAAAUAAAUUUAUUCCAACCAAA